AGUUCAAACAGUUAACAUCGUUCGGCGGAGCAAAAUUUUACGGCUUCUAUUUGGGCAUAAAAAAAAAACAACUAAAAAAUUUCUUCCACACAGUUUUCCAAAUCGUUUAUAGUUCGUGUUUUUUGUUUUUUUGGGUUUCACCAAAGAUGUCGAACUCAUUUUCCUACUGGAACGGCCAGCCCGUGAAUGCGCCUGUCUAUCCGCAGAUGGGUGACCUGAUGCAGCAGUCCGCCGGUGGAGCAGCAUCGGCGGCGGCAGCAGCACUAGCGGUAUCCGGAUCUGGAGCAGGAUCUGGGCCAGGAGGACUCGCCGGAUGGCCUGGCCAAGGAGCAGGAGCGUCACAGAUGCCGGUCCAGUCGCACAAUCCAUUUGCCGCCGCCGGAGGAGCAGCAGGAAUGGCGGGAGUCCAGCGGGGCAUGGCCAUGCCAAGUGCCCCACAGAUGGGCAUGGGCGACUAUGGGAACGUGAGCUCCCCACUCACCUGCAACCUGCCCACCAACUUCUUUGGCCAAGGACCUGGACAAUUCGAGCCCUGCAUCGACAAUGGCGAGGCCUUCUGCGCCUACAACGGCAUGGACAUGAGCAUGAACUACGGCGGAGGCGGUGCAUCCAAGGGUGGCUUCUGGUAGGACGCCAGCCAACACGAACCGCACACUCAAACCCAUUGUCCAUCCCUGAUCACGGCAGCAGCAGCACUAGAUACCCAUUUUGUUACGCAACCACAUCCAAAAUGGGGACCACUACCGACACAUCCACUCCACUCCACUCCUUGCCCACGCCAACAAAGGAAUUUAGCGUUACUCCGUUGGUGCAGUUAAAUAUAUAUUUUGAGUCUUUACUGAA